GUAUGGCCCCUGCCCUCUCGCCGUCACACUCAGGGGACAGUUCCGUGUGGCUCCUUCUGCUGUCAAUCAGACUGUUGGGCAGAGCCGUGUGGGUCUCCGGAAGUGAGUGCCAUGUGUAGGCCACACCACCAGGAUGUUAUUGACGGGAGCGAGCCGGCUCUGCACUAGCAUCUUCCGCCGGGUACAGCGGGCCGUCAGCACAGCCAUCGGAUCCCGGAGGGCACCGAGCACACAGUCCGGCAGCAGCAUGAGCCGGGGGAUGGCGACGGGCUGCCCGGGCACAGAGCAGGGCGAUGCUCUGAACGGCAGGAGGAAGAAGACGGUUAUCUGCGUGGAGGGCAACAUCGCCAGCGGCAAGACCAGCUGCCUGGAGUAUUUCUCUAAUACGGCAAACCUGGAGGUCAUGAAAGAGCCGGUAGAUAAGUGGAGGAACGUUCGCGGCCACAACCCGCUGGCUCUGAUGUACCAAGAUCCUUCCCGAUGGGGACUAACGCUCCAGACGUACGUGCAGCUCACCAUGCUGGAUGUUCAUACCAAACCGACGACAUGCCCAGUUAAGAUGAUGGAACGAUCCGUUUACAGCGCCAAACACAUCUUUGUGGAAAACCUGUAUCGAAGCGGGAAGAUGCCUGAAGUGGAUUAUGUGGUUUUAUCCGAGUGGUUUGAGUGGAUUACCAAGAACCUUGACCUUUCGGUUGAUCUCAUAGUUUAUCUCAAGACAUCCCCAGAAACCUGCUAUGAGAGGCUGAGGAGGAGGUGCAGAGAGGAAGAGAAGGUGAUACCCUUGGAAUAUCUACAUGCGAUCCACCGCCUGCAUGAAGAAUGGCUCAUUGGCCAGACCUCCUUUCCGGUGCCAGCCCCCGUCUUGGUGAUAGAUGCAGACAAGAACCUGGAGGAGAUGAUUCGGCAUUACGAGGACAAUCGAAGGAAGAUCCUGUCCAUGUGAUCGAUCAACAAUGGAAUAUUGCAUUCCAAAUGACUGCUUAACAGAGAGCUAUAACUCCCAUCACCCUUGGUGGUUAAGGUUGAUGAUGUUCGGCAUGCUGGGUGCUAAUGCCUGGACCAACAC